CGUUUUCUUGUCCGUGUCCGGUCGGCUCCCCUCGGCCUCGCCUCCUCUUACGAAAUUUUCUUCUCUCUGUGUACGAUAGCUGAGAAACCAAAAACCCUAGGCACCUUUUUUUUCUUUCUGCAAGUCCAAUUCGAUGCUUGUGUCCUCGAAUCUCUUUGAAUUUACAUCGAGGACAGCUUUUCUCAGCUAUCCCGAUUUCAGCUGCUUCCCAUCUACGCGGUCGGAAACCCUUCAUUGGAGAGCUGAAAGCUUCUGAUCUUUAUUUUGCGGGGAGAAUGGCUACGACAACAAGUUCCGUUUACAUCCAUGUCGUCGAAGACGUCAUCGACAAGGUCAGGAAUGAUUUUAUUGAGGGCAGCGGCCCCGGAGAGAGUGUUCUCAAUGAGCUCCAAGCGCUCUGGGAAAUGAAAAUGAUGCAAUGCGGUGCUAUAAUGGGUCCGAUAGAGAGGUCCUCCGGACAAAAACCGGCCGCUGGUGGUCCAAUCACACCUGUUCACGAUCUUAAUGUUCCUUACGAGGGUACGGAGGAGUACGAAACUCCUACAGCGGAUAUGCUCUUUCCACCUACACCUCUACAGACUCUUACACCUCUACCCACCACUCCCAUUCAGACUCCCCUGCCAGGAACGGUGGACAACUCGAUGUAUCAACUUACUCCCGGACCAAAUGACUUUCCUAGUGUGCAGAACACUGGAGGCGGCACUGAGACCAAACCUGGAAGACCUAGUCCGUACAUGCAACCACCGUCUCCUUGGAUGAAUCAAAGGCCUCUUGGUGUUGAUGUUAAUGUUGCUUAUGUGGAAGGACGGGACGAAUUGGACAGAGGAGCUUCUCAUCAACCUGCAACACAGGAUUUUUUUGUCUCUUCUGGAAAGCGGAAAAGAGAGGAUUUUGCACCACAAUUCCAAACGAGUGGAUUCAUACCACAGCAAGAUGGAGCUGGAGAUGUGACACUCGGGUACUUUGAAGCAGAAGUGAACAAAGUGGAAAAUUUUCCAGACAGAUGCAGUAGAGUUACCAGAAAUGAUGAGGUAUUACUGGCUCCAGUUGUGAGGGCUUCUUCAUGGAUACCUCAGCAGGAUGGGCCCAUUCCUGAUGCUUAUGAUGAGAUAGUCUCCACGCCAAAUUUGUAUCCUUACCAAGGAGUUGCAAGUGAAGACUACAAUGCAGUGAAUACACCAGCUGGCCAUGAUCUACAAGCAGGCACACCAGUUGUUGGCACACAAAAUGAAAUUGUGGAGGCUGAUGAUGAGGAUGAACCCCUGAAUGAAAAUGAUGAUGAUGAAGUAGACGAUGUGGAUGAAGGAGAUGAGCCGAAUACACAGCAUCUGGUUUUGGCACAGUUUGACAAGGUGACCCGAACAAAAAGCAGAUGGAAAUGCACACUUAAGGAUGGUAUUAUGCACAUAAACAACAAGGACGUUCUCUUCACUAAGGCGACUGGUGAAUUCGACUUUUGAUAGCAUUUGGCGAAGACCCAGUAUACUCACUGCCAGGGGUUGGAUUGUUGCUGAAAGUACAUUAGGAGAGGAGGGGGGGGGGUGUCUUUCCACAUCCUUUCGGUUCUUCUUGUUAAAUUCACUGAGGGUAGAGAUGGCUUGAGGGAAUGAUUUGGCACAUGCAAGAGAUGUGCAGGUUGGAUGGAUGGAUGGAUGUACAUGUAGGUAGAGCCUUUUUUGUCUUCCAUUUAUAUGAGAGUUAAUAUUGGCUUUACUCUUAGUUUAUUACUUACUGGGAAUUUUGUAAUUCUAUCCGCUUUGUAUAUUGAGAUUGUUGGGUUAAAUUAUGACAAAAUGUAUUGUUUGUUUUCGA